GUCGAGUAUUGGUUCGAGGUUGGAUUUGCGAAACCCUCGAUCCUUACACGACAGAGAACUAUGCUAUACCAUCCACCCGUUGUACAUUCCUCUCUGCUGUGGACUUUGCCGGAGCCGUACCAGCUGCCUACAACUCCGUUCUAAACGCCCUGAAGAGGGGCCGCAGGAAGGCUGGAGUUUUCAACGAAGAGACCAGAAUC